CACGUCAUCAACGUGUUUGUUUUUUUGCCGGGCUGAGUUGUCACUAGCUCAGCCGCCGACUGACUGUUUUGUGUGGGCAAAAUGGUUACUCCGGAGGCGGUGUGGCACUUCCCGGUUCAAAUGUGGGACCGGGUUCUGUCCAAGGUGAACCGGGCGGUUGUUUUCAUGGACGACCCCUCCGCGGAAGUCCUCCACUGGACCGCUGGUGGUGCCGCCGCGUUGUUCGACGCCGGAGCCCGAAACGUGAAGCAGUUCUCCAGCUUCGAAUCGUGUAGCGAGGACGAGCCCAAGGCGGUGUUUGUGGUUAGCUCCUUGUUGAAGGGACGCACCGUGGACACUUUGAAGGACAUCAUCUCACUCAGCCACCUGCAAUACUGCGUCGUGAUCACGGCCGUGUCCCACCCGCUGCACCUGCUCGCCAACAACGUGACAGCGGCGGCCGACACUGACGCCUCCACGCCUGUCUUCGAUCAGCUGGAGGACAAGCUGUGCGAGUGGAUGGGCGACAUGAACUACACGGCCGAGGUCCUGCACGUGCCGCUGUCCUUCGCCACCGUGUCCCAGCAGCUGCUUCUGGUGCCCGCCUUUGCGAACCUCUUCCCUCUGCUGCCGCCGGACCUGCGCGCCCUCAACGCCAAGCGGCCGGAGAAGAAGCGCUUUGCCAGCCUGGAAGACGUGGACAUGCACGCGCUCCCCGCUGAGCUGCAGUUGGAGAUCAAGACGUUGGCGGAGGCCUUGAACGCCAUGUUGGAGGCCACCGGCACCAGGGAGGAAAGUUUCGCCUUGGGCCCCAUGAGUCGCCUCAUCGCGGGGGAACUGGCCACUCACCCGCAGGCCAAGAACCGCAGGAAGACGGCCCCCAAUAAGGCCUCCAUCAUCUUUGUCGACCGCACCAUGGACCUCACGGGAGCAGUCGGUCAUCAUGGUGACAGCCUGGCAGAAAAGAUAUUGACGAUGCUGAAACCUCUGCCGGGUCACGUGACGGACGUGCAGGUCGACAUGCGAGAACUGACCGGGGUGCUUAUCUGUCCUGGUUCCGAAAGCUGCGUGGCACCGGGCUGCCUGGCGCAAACUCGGUCGCCUGCAGCACGUUCCCUGUGGGAGGUAAUGCUGACCAGCAAGCACAAAGAAAGUCUGAUGGAGGUCCGAAGGCAGCUGGUGGAAGCGGCCAGCAAGGAGAAGCUGCCCAUUAAGAUGAGCAUGGGCCGCGUGACCCCCGAACAGCUGUGCUCUUACGCCCGGCCGUUCCGAGACAACGCGGGGGCGCUAGAGAGUCACUGCGGGGUGCUCCAGCAGGGCCUGGCCACGGCGGAGACCCUCCGACACCCCCUGCUACCCCGCUGGGACGCAUGCCUGGCCUUCGAGAGGCUACUGCUGCAGGCUCUCGGAGAUGCCGACUUCACUUCGGUGCUGAGUCAGAUAGUGCCCUUGUUGAAGCCACGCGGAAGCCAGGACGGCGCCAGCUUCGCCGAGGACGAGUGCGGGCCCGACGAGCUGAUCCUCCUGCUGAUCUACUUGUACUCGCUGGCCGACGAGGCCCAGGCCGCCGAGCGGGAAGACGUUCGGCUAAGGGAGAAGCUGGAACGGGAGGUGAUCGGAGGGCUCACGUUGGCCAUCACCAGGGAAAGCAAACUCAGCCCCUUGCUGCAAAACAUCACAGGCUGUACAGAGGAGGAGGAGCCGAGCACUGAGCAGGUCCAUUCCGCAUUAGAACGUAUGUUCGAGACCCUGGGCAGGCUGAGCCACGCCCGAGACCACCUCAAGCAAUUACGUCGCGUCUACACGCCAAGCGACGGAGUCCACCAGGCUACCUAUCGACCUUUCCUGCGACAGAUCCUGCAAGAAGUCUUCCAUCCCGACAAGCACGAAUGUCCUGACAUCGAGCACAUGUCCGGGGGCCUCACGGACCUCCUGAAGACGGGCUUCAGCAUGUUCAUGAAGGUGAGCCGCCCGCAUCCCAGCGACAACCCGCUGCUGUUCCUCUUCCUCGUGGGCGGAGUCACACCCUCAGAGCUCCGCCUUGUCAAGGAAACUGUCGCGGCCUUGAAACCUGGAAGUCAGGUUUUGGUCCUGUCCACCAGGCUGCUGAGGCCCACCGACAUUCCCGAGCUGCUCUUCGCCACCCAAAGACUGACACCUGACAUCGGAGUGUGAGGCCGCAACCAAAAAGUACUCACACACACACUGUAAUUAAAGAAAAGCACAGAUGCUACGUUAGAUUGUACAUAAAGUGUAAUUAGUAUUGAUUAAACAUUUUCAUAACCAUGGGAUAUUAUUAUUUCAAUAAAACAAGCAUGCUGUGUGUGGCAUU